AUGGUAUGUGGUAAUGCCGCCGGGGUACUAGCGCCACCUUACGUGAACUACAAAGCUGAGAAAAUAUGGUCAACUUGGACCGAGAAUGGGCCUCCUGAUACUCGUUAUAAUCGAACCAAAUCAGGUUGGUUUGAUAGCAAUUCUUUUGAAGAUUGGUUUGUGUCAUUGAUGCUUCCGAUUCUCAAGAAACAGGAAGGACCAAAGGUCAUCAUUGGUGACAACCUUAGUUCUCACAUAAACAUAGAAGUUAUUAAACAAUGUGAGAUGAAUAACAUCAAAUUUAUUGCGUUGCCGCCCAAUGCAACUCAUCUUUUACAACCUUUAGAUGUUGCGUUCUUCCGCCCCAUGAAGGUUGCAUGGAGAAAAAUAUUAAAAGACUGGAAAGAGACGGCAGCUGGAAGUCGUUGUACGUCAGUACCAAAAGAUCAGUUCCCUAACCUCUUAAACAGUCUAUGGGGUGCUAUGAUUAAAGGCCCAGACAACCUUAUUGCCGGGUUUCGCAAGUCAGGGAUAUACCCUAUAAACAGAGAGCCAGUUCUCAAGAGGUUACCAUCAGGAAGUUUGGACGCAUCAAUUUCUUCUAUUGUUGGCGAGAGUUUUCUCGAACAGAUUACAAUGAAGCGUCAAGAGGCUACUCAAGAGUACAGAGAAAGAAAAAGUUAA